GACGCGGGGCCCGGGCCGGCGGCCGGCGCGCCCCCCCCGCCCGCCCCUGGCUAUUUGGCCGCGCUCGCCGGCGGCGCGGGGCAGAGUCUGCGGCGAGCAGGGCGCCUUCCCGGGCGCGCUCCGGGGCUCGGCUCUCGCGUCCUCCGGCGCCUUCGCCCGCGCCUGCCCGCCGGGAAGGGGCUCGCCCAGGACGUGCGCGGAGGCCGCGGGCCGCGUCCCGGCCGGAGCCGGAGUGGCCGCAGGCGGCGCGGCGGGAGCCGAGUGAGCGCCGGGAGAGGCCGCGCGCGGCCCGCGGCGCGGCGAGGAGGAGGCGGCGGCGGCGGCGGCGGCGCCCGGGCUCGGGCUCGGACUCGGCGCGGCCCGGCGGCCGCGCGGGGCAGCGGCGCGGCGGCGGCGGCGGCGGCCGCAGCGGGGGCCAUGCAGGCGCGCUACUCCGUGUCCAGCCCCAACUCCCUGGGAGUGGUGCCCUACCUCGGCGGCGAGCAGAGCUACUACCGCGCGGCGGCCGCGGCGGCCGGGGGCGGCUACGGCGCCAUGCCGGCCCCCAUGAGCGUGUACUCGCACCCGGCGCACGCCGAGCAGUACCCCGGCGGCAUGGCGCGCGCCUACGGGCCCUACACGCCGCAGCCGCAGCCCAAGGACAUGGUGAAGCCGCCCUACAGCUACAUCGCGCUCAUCACCAUGGCCAUCCAGAACGCGCCCGACAAGAAGAUCACCCUGAACGGCAUCUACCAGUUCAUCAUGGACCGCUUCCCCUUCUACCGGGACAACAAGCAGGGCUGGCAGAACAGCAUCCGCCACAACCUGUCGCUCAACGAGUGCUUCGUCAAGGUGCCCCGCGACGACAAGAAGCCGGGCAAGGGCAGCUACUGGACGCUCGACCCGGAUUCCUACAACAUGUUCGAGAACGGCAGCUUCCUGCGGCGGCGGCGCCGCUUCAAGAAGAAGGACGCGGUGAAGGACAAGGAGGAGAAGGACCGGCUGCACCUCAAGGAGCCGCCGGCGCCGCCGCCGCCGCCCGGCCGCCCGCCGCCCGCGCCCGCGCCCGCGCCCCCCGAGCCCGCCGACGGCGGCGCGCCCGGCCCGCAGCCGCCGCCCGUGCGCGUCCAGGACAUCAAGACCGAGAACGGUACGUGCCCCUCGCCGCCCCAGCCCCUGUCCCCGGCGGCCGCCGCCCUGGGCAGCGCCGCCGCCGCCGCCGUGCCCAAGAUCGAGAGCCCCGACAGCAGCAGCAGCAGCCUGUCCAGCGGCAGCAGCCCCCCGGGCGGCCUGGCCGCCGGCGCGCGGCCGCUCAGCCUGGACGGCGGCGCCGAGCCCGCGCCCCCGCCCGCGCCGCCCGCGCCGCCCGCGCCGCCGCCGCCGCCGCACCACAGCCAGGGCUUCAGCGUGGACAACAUCAUGACGUCGCUGCGGGGGUCCCCGCAGGGCGCGGCGGCCGAGCUGAGCCCCGGCCUGCUGGCCCCGACGGCCGGCUCGGCGGCGGCGCGCGCGGGCCUGGCGCCCCCGCUGGCGCUGGGCGCCUACUCGCCGGGCCCCGGCGCGCUCUACAGCUCCCCCUGCGGCCAGGGCGCGGGCGGCGGUGGCGCGGGGGGCGCGGGGGGCGCGGGCGGCGGCGGCGGCGGUGGCGGCGGCGGCGGCGGCGGCGGCGGGGCCGCGGGGGCCGCGGGGGGCGCGGGGACCUACCACUGCAACCUGCAGGCCAUGAGCCUGUACGCGGCCGGCGAGCGCGGCGGCCACCUGCAGAGCGCGCCCGGGGGCGCGGGCGGCCCGGCCGUGGACGACCCCCUGCCCGACUACUCGCUGCCGCCCGUCACCAGCAGCAGCUCGUCGUCCCUGAGCCACGGCGGCGGCGGCCAGGAGGCCGGCCACCACGCCGCCGCCCACCAGGGCCGCCUGACGUCGUGGUACCUGAACCAGGCGGGCGGAGACCUGGGCCACCUGGCCAGCGCGGCGGCGGCGGCGGCGGCCGCGGGCUACCCGGGCCAGCAGCAGAACUUCCACUCGGUGCGCGAGAUGUUCGAGUCGCAGCGCAUGGGCUUGAACAACUCGCCGGCCAACGGGAACAGUAGUUGUCAGAUGGCCUUUCCGUCCAGCCAGUCCCUGUACCGCACGUCGGGGGCCUUCGUCUACGACUGCAGCAAGUUCUGACGCCCCCCCUCGCCCCGCGCGCGCGCGCGCCCGCCCGCCGCCCCGCAGAGCCCCCCUGCACCGAAACCUCGAAGCCAGAACCGCCCCGAAGAACCAUCGGUGCAAAAUCGAAACCAAAGAGAGAGAAAGAGAGAGAGAGUGAGAGAGAGAAGCCCCCCCAAAUUCCAGUGAAAAGAGACUAAGAACAACCUUCAUCCGACCAGCGGACACAAUCUCUGCAAAGAUUCGACCCACCAGCAGCAAGAAAACUAUUUUCUUAAAAAAAAAAAAAAACCAAAACCAGAUAAUUUCAGAGCCACCUCCACCUUUGCCUUAUCUAAAUAAACAAACCCGUAAACUAUUUUGUACAGAGACAGCAGUCAUGGUUUAUUAAAGGACAGUGUUACUCCAGCUAACACGUAAGUCUCUUCUUUCUUCUCAGACAUCAGCGCUUCUCCAUCCCCUCCCUACCCGGGGCCCUCUGCCCUCUCCCGCCCCUCACCUCUCACCUGUAAGAUAUUUUAUCCUACGUGGAAAGGAGGGGGGAAAGUCCCCGUGUAUGGAAAAUCGCUUCCUUUUUAUUCAUGGACUUGUUUUAAAAUGUAAAUUGCAACAUAGUAAUUUAUUUUUAAUUUGUAGUUGGAAGUCGUGGACCAAACGCCAGAAAGUAUUUCCAAAACCUGACGUUAAAUUGCCUGAAACUUUAAAUUGUGCUUUUUUUUCAUUAUAAAAAGGGAAACUGUAUUCAUCUUAUUCUAUCAUCUUUACUUUUUUUUUGUCGAACAUAUUCGUUGUUUGUUUAUUAAUAAAUUGCCAUUCAGUUUGGAUGAGACUUUAUGUCUGGCUACUUUUAAUACUCUGAAUUAUCAUCAGGAGGAAAAAAAAAAUAUUUCAGAGAUUAAAACACUUUUAGAAAUGACCUGUUCUCUAUCUCUGACAAGAUGGAGAAACCCUCGGACUAUUCCUUGUCAAAGCUCACCUAAAAGCCUUUUUAUUUAAAUUGUUUUUUUGUCUCCCCUGCAAAAUGUACUAUAUAGUCGGCUUGCUUUGCGAUUAGUUAAAAAAAAAAAGAAAAAGAAAAAAAUAAGAUUUUUUUCUAAAGAGAUUCAACUCGGCAUUAAACAUAUACAUUAUCUCGGUAAUGACAGCACACAUUUGGCAAUUUUUAGCCUCUGAAUCAGCAGCUGUUCUAUCUCUGAUAUGUACCUGCAGGGUGCUCUGAUAUGUCCCUCUCCCCAAAUGGCUGUGAAUAUUUGGCUUUCCUAGCACAUAAAAAAUCCAUGUGCAUUAUACAUCCUGUAAGCCAAAUGGUGGCUAGAUUUUUUUUCCCCUAUUACUUUCAUUCCUUUGUAAGAGGAAAACUACAGCAGUUUAAAAAUACAUGUAUAUAAACUCCUCCACAUUUACAGUCCUUCCUGUGUUACAUAGAAGGAUUGAGGUGUUUUUAUUUUUUAUUUUUUUUAAUAUACUGUGGGUUGAAAAGGGAUAUUUAAUCUUUGGGAAACUUUUAGAAGCUAUGUUGUAGAACAAUUAUUAUUAUUUUGUUGUUAUUAUUAUUUGGGGGAAAGAUUUAAAGCAAUAACAAGCAGGAAGGAGAGAGGGCCAGAAACUUCGGGGUCUGGGGCAGGCUUUAUUCAAUCCAAUUUUUUCUUGCUAAUUUACAGUUAAACCUAGGGGGCAAUCCGGAUUGGCCCUCCCCCUUUGUAAAUAACCCAGGAAAUGUAAUAAAUUCAUUAUCUGAGGGUGAUCUGCCCUGUCAAUCAGACUUUGGGGAGAUGGCGAUUCGAUUACAGCCGGUCAGGGCCUUUAUUUGUUUUCGAGAUAAUACAGUUUCCUGCUAUCUGCUGUCGCUUAUCUAGAGCCAACAGUGAGCAGUAAUUGCUGUUGGUUGUUGUCAAAAUUUGAUCAUUGUUAACGGAUUGCUGCAAAUAAAUACACUCUAAUU